AAAACGGAUAUUGCACAUCAAAAUGAACUCAUCAAUCAGGGAACGCAAAGGAAGAAAAAUAAUCAAAAGAGGAUGACGAGAGGAACAAACAAGUCGAGGACAGCUGUGCGCCGCUGCCACGUCUUUCUCUCCUGCCGCCGCCGAGGACGCGUCGAGAGGAGAAGCGUCGUCCACCCGCACAUCCAAGCGCGCAGGCUGCCCUGCUUGCUGCGCACGCCUACUGCAUCGCUUCCCUCCUCACACGGGCUCCAUCUGGACUAAGGUUGUCUCCCUCCCCCCUCCCGUUUUGGGUCCUACAAUACACCACCCCUUGCUUUUUUUCUCUCCCAAGGGGGAGAGGCACACUGUGGCGCAGUGUCCGGUUUCAAGCCACGCCGCGCGGCGCGCUCUCCUGCGUGGGUCAGAAAUAGAGGCAAGAGUUCCGGGAGGAGGUUCUGCUGCGAGCCACUUUGGCUGAGGCUGAGCUCCCGUCCCGAGCACAGACGCGGCGCAACCCGAGGAUAUAAUAUUCGUCGUUGCUCUUCUGCGCGGACAAGAUACGCAGCGUGGAUCUCAACUAAAUGACUGCGAGUUGACCACCUCACCAGGUGUGUCUCGCCGAUGCUCUUGGCCCCCCGAGGCCUGAGGAGAAGUGAGCCGAGCCCAGGCCCCCAUGGGACGCCCUGUUAGCCAGCAUGCACUGCUGCUGCUGCAGUGCAUGCUGCUGCUGCUGCUGCGGUUCGGUGGCGUGGCGGCGAGGAGAGGCCCCGUGCUGCUCCCCGAGUCGCCGUGUCACAAGACGGAGCACCCGAUCAUCCCCCACUCGGGGAUGGAGCCGUGGAUUUUCCGGUUCAAAGCAGAGGGCACGGUGGAUUAUUCCCAGUUGACCUUUGAUCCCAGCCAGAAUGAACUGAUUGUGGGUGCCAGAAAUCACCUCUUCAGGCUCAAUCUUGAGGACCUAACACUGAUCCAGGAGGCUGAGUGGCACUGUGACGAGUUUACCAAGGGAGCCUGCUUCAGUCGCGGAAAAUCGGAGGAGGAGUGCCAGAACUACAUCAGGGUGCUGCUCGUCAAUGGAAACCGGCUUUUUACCUGCGGGACCAACGCCUUCACUCCCAUCUGUACCAACCGAACGCUCACCAAUCUGACCGAGAUCCAUGACCAAAUAAGUGGAAUGGCCCGAUGUCCGUACAAUCCCCUCCACAACUCCACCGCACUCAUCACAUCCAGCGGCGAGCUUUACGCGGCCACAGCGAUGGACUUUUCAGGGCGAGACCCCGCCAUCUACCGAAGCCUGGGCGGCCUGCCACCACUACGGACUGCCCAGUACAACUCCAAGUGGCUUAAUGAGCCAAACUUUGUGUCAUCCUACGAUAUCGGCAACUUCACCUACUUCUUCUUUCGGGAGUACGCGGUGGAGCACGACUGCGGUCGCACCGUCUUCUCCCGCGCCGGCCGCGUCUGUAAGAACGACAUCGGCGGGCGCUUCCUCCUGGAGGACACGUGGACGACCUUCAUGAAGGCUCGACUCAACUGUUCCCGGCCGGGAGAAAUCCCCUUCAACUACAACGAGCUGCAAGGCACCUUCUACCUGCCGGAACUGGAGCUGCUCUACGGCAUCUUUACGACCAACGUAAACAGCAUCGCUGCAUCCGCCGUGUGUGCCUUUAAUCUGAGUGCCAUAUCGCAGGUCUUCAACGGACCCUUCAAGUACCAGGAAAACUCCCGCUCGGCCUGGUUGCCCUACCCCAACCCCAACCCCGACUUCCAGUGCGGCACCAUCCACUCAGGUUCGUACGUGAACCUGACGGAGAGGAACCUGCAGGACGCCCAGAAGUUCUUGUUGAUGCACGAGGUGGUCCAACCCGUGGUCGCCGUGCCCUACUUCAUGGAGGAUAACGUCCGCUUCAGCCACGUGGCCGUGGAUGUGGUGCAGGGCAAAGACAUGCUCUUUCAUAUCAUCUAUUUAGCCACAGAUUACGGCACAAUCAGAAAAGUGCUCUCGCCUCUGAACCAGUCCACGGGAAGCUGCCUCUUGGAAGAGAUCGAGCUUUUCCCCGCCAGGAAGAGGCAGCCCAUUCGGAGCCUGCUGAUCCUGCACAGCCGAAGCGAGCUGUACGUGGGCGUUCGAGACCAGGUCAUCAAGAUCCCCCUGAAGCGGUGCAGCUACCACAAGGGCAGAGAUGCGUGCGUGGGGGCCAGAGACCCUUACUGUGGUUGGGAUCUCCUGCUGAAGAAAUGCACCACGCUCGAAGAAAGCGCCAGAAUGAGCCAAUGGGAGCAGAGCAUUACAAAGUGCCCCGUCCGUAAUGUGACGGUUGAUGGCGGCUUUGGCGCCUGGUCGGGAUGGUCGGCUUGUAGCCACAAUGACGGCGGCAGCGCGGGGUCCUGCUUAUGUCGGACGCGCGCAUGCGAUAGCCCCAUUCCUCAGUGUGGCGGUCAGAGGUGUCACGGCAUCAGCGUUGAGGUCGCCAACUGCUCCAGAAACGGAGCCUGGACUCCGUGGACUUCUUGGUCUCCUUGCAGCACCAGCUGCGGUAUUGGCUUUCAAGUUCGUCAGCGCUCCUGCAGCAACCCGACCCCACGUCACGGCGGCAGAGUGUGUGUGGGGCAGAAUCGCGAGGAGAGGUACUGUAACGAAAACCUGCCCUGCCCGCCACACGUCUACUGGUCGGCCUGGUCGGCGUGGGAACGCUGCAACGUGCCUUGCGGCGGCGGCAUCCAGUCGCGCCGGCGAACCUGUGAGAAUGGCAACGACUGUCCCGGGUGUGGCCAGGAGUACCAGUCGUGCAACUCCCAGCCUUGUCCUGACCUGAAGAAAACCACUCCGUGGACCCCGUGGACACCGGUGAACAUUUCCGACAAUGGCGGGCACUAUGAGCAGCGUUUCCGUUACACGUGCCAACAUCGUAUCCCGGAUGCCAGCCUGCUGGAGGUGGGCAGGCAGAGAAUCGAAAUGCGCUACUGCUCCAGCGACGGCUCGACGGGCUGCUCCACUGAUGGUGAGGUUCUUCAUCUGGGCAAGAUCUCCGCACGCACCGUCAACGGUGGCUGGUCCUCGUGGUCUUCUUGGACCCAGUGCAGCAGAGACUGCAGUCGUGGCAUCCGCAGCAGGAAACGGGCUUGCAGCAACCCGGAGCCAAAGUACGGGGGUCAGACCUGCCUGGGGGCCGCCCAGGAGUACCAGGAGUGCAACACCACUCCUUGUCCCGUGGAUGGGAGCUGGUCCUGCUGGUCUCCGUGGUCCAAGUGCUCCGUGACAUGCGGAGGCGGACAUUACAUGAGGACUCGAACUUGCAGUAACCCCCCGCCUGCUUACGGAGGGGACAUCUGCCUUGGCCUGCACACUGAGGAGGCGCUAUGCAACACUCAAACCUGUCCAGAGAGCUGGUCCAGCUGGUCACAGUGGUCCCAGUGCGACUCCAGAGGGGCCCAGAUGCGUGUCCGUCAUUGUGAUGUCCUGUUUCCUACUGGAAAUCAGUGCUCAGGAAACAGCAGCGAGAGCAGGCUGUGCUCUCCUGAGUCCAACUUUAUACCAGAAAUCUCCAUUGCACGCUCCAGUCAGGAGGAGAGACGCUGUGGAGAUUUCAACCUCUUCCACAUGAUCGCUGUGGGGCUCAGCAGCUCCAUUCUGGGAUGUCUGGUCACCCUGCUGGUGUAUUCGUACUGCCAGCACUACCAGCAGCAGUCGCACGACGCCACCGUCAUCCACCCCAUCUCCGCCGCGCCGCUCAACACCAGCAUCACCAACCACAUCAACAAACUGGACAAAUACGACACCGUGGAGGCCAUUAAGGCAUUCAACAAAAACAAUUUGAUUCUGGAGGAACGGCAAAAGUACUUCAACCCACAGCUCACUGGGAAGACCUACACCAACCAAUACUUCACCGACCUCAACACCUACGAUGACUAUUAAACACGAAGACGCCAAACUCCCGUCCUUCCAUGUCGACUGAAUUAUUUUGCGUUUGGUAUAUCUUGAGAUUCGUGAAACCACGCGUCGGGCAGCUCCGUUCGCUCUGAGACUUCUGGCGGAAAAAACAUGAACACGUCGCCAUGCCAACAGAGGGAGCGGCCCACUCUCAGGUGCCUUGCGGUACACUCGGAAAGCUCAGUUCACUUUCUGGGGAAAAGGACGACUGGCUCUCCCACUGACCCAACAACUCGACAAAGACAAAAGGGGAAUCCAUUUUAACUUUUCCUGUGACCCUCGAAAAGUGCCGCAUUUAUAAUGAGGCACCAAAAAAAAAAAAAAAUCUGCUUUGCAUGACACAUCUGACGUCUCAGUUUGCAUGGUAGCAUUCCAUUAGUUUUGUUUUUUUUGGGGGGGGGGGGUUUGUUCACGUUUCUUUUUAAAGAUGACUAGCAAGAAUCAGGAUGUAGAUAUUUGAAGUCAAGUUUUUUUCCCGCUUAAAGACUCGUGCAACAAGUGAUUGAAUCAGUUGCGGUCAACUUUGUAAGUUUUUCUUUUUUUUUUUUUUUUUUUACAUUUGUCUCAAGUGUUAAAAGAAUUUCUUGGUGUAUUCUGAAAAGUAACUGCUACCAAUUCAGUCACAGUACUUUUUGUAUUUUUUGUAAAAAAAAAAUGUUCAAGAUAAAACAGUGUUUGCUUCUCUUUUUUUUGUCUUUGUAUUUGUGGGAGCAGGAUGUUAAUGGUAUUUACUGUACAGACGCAGUGUAGCAAACACUAUCCUUGACAGCUUCUACCCGUGUAUACUGCAAGCAAAGGUUGUCAUCAAGAGAAGACAUUUUUGUUCAGAACCAAAUAUUAGGUUAUUCAGUGGUUUGGUUGCGACUAACUUUUUUUUUUUUUACAUGUCUGCUUGUGUUGCUGUGCUUAAAUUAAAAGCUGCUUCAGACACUA